GAUAUGUCGUGGGCAUUUCUGGUCCGGUAUGCAUUUUGUCUUCAUGCUCAUCAAAUCUAGUUUCGAAGUUUAUUUGGGCUGCACCGACGCGGAGACAAGCGUAGAUUGUCUCAUGUUAAUCUGUUGCGCAAUACUUGGUGUACUGAAGGCGAUAUGGUUUCGCAUUUACGCAAAAAAUUUGGCUACAAAUUAUAAAUCUGUUAUGGAGGAUUAUUUGACAAUUGAAAAUAUAAAAGAGCGUGCUAUCAUGCGGAAACAUGCUUUUAUGGGAAGGACUCUCUGUUGUUUAGUUUUAGGCUUCGGUUGUUUUAGCUCCAUAAUGUAUGGAUUAAACGCUAUUCUAAAUGAAUACAAGCAUGUCAAUAUAACAAAGGAUACUAUGCUAGAAUAUCCAGUACCAUCGAAAUGCUUUAUGAGAUACUUAAAUGCACCAGUGAGAAUGCACAAAAUUUUCUGCAUCAUCGAUGUUAUUGCAUUAAUACUAGCAAGUAUUGCAAAUCAAGGUAUUAUUAGAUUAUUACUUAGUGGUAUUUUUUUAUCACCUUAA